AUGGUGACAGGGUGUCUGCCUGAUCCUGCAGGCAAGGGGCUGUCGACACAGCUGAAGGCACUGUACGCCACUGCGGAGAAGUCGAACUACUCCACAGUCUGGGCGACCCAGGAUUCCAGAAUGCUCUGUCUGUCGCCGCUGUCACAGUGGCAGAGCAGCAGCGAGGAGGACAGGAGAAAGGAUCUGCCCUGCAGAGAAACCUACGUAGCCGUGUUUGAGAACAUGGACACUGUGGUUUUCUUCAAUGCCAAGGGCUACGAAACAAAAAUCUGGGAGAGGCUGGCAAAUGCCACGCUGCCCUCACGCAACAUAGAGGAGUUCAAGGUGGUGGUGCAGAGGAACAUGAGGGACAAGAGCCGCAUCUACGAGGACCACAUCGCGCUGAUGCAGGCCGAGCCCGACAUGAUCAAGACCAUCGCCUACUUGCUCGCGCAGACCGUGGCGCUCCACUUCUAUGAAAUGGAGGUGGACAACAUGCUAAAGGUGUUCCAGGACAUAAACGUGGCGAUGGAGCGCACGGGCGAGUUUGGGACGGCCAGCGCGGCCGGCGGCGGGAAGGAGGACCUGCUCAAGAUGGUGGCCAAGAACAACGUGAUGCGCACCGGCAUCCUGUCCUCCAAGAUCGGCCUCACCAAGCGCUUCGAGGCGGCCUGGAAGGACCCCGAGUGCGACCGCAUCUACGAGCACCUGCGCCGCGAAAUGGAGAUCGACCGCCGCUACGACGACCUCGAAGUCAAGUUUGACCUAAUCCAGGACAAUCUGAAGUACUUCCUCGAGAUCAUCCAGAACAAGAAGUCCGACUUCCUGGAGUACAUGAUUGUGGUGUUGAUUGCCGCUGAAAUCUGUGUCAGCUUGUUUGACAUGUGGAGUAGGGUCUGA